AUGCGCACCACGCUCGCCCUGGCCGCCGAGUUUCUCGCGGCAACGAUGCCGUUGCCCGACCCCAAGCUUCAACGAGAAGGGUACCUGCAAAAGGGAGAGGCGAUGCGUAUGGUCAGGAGCCGCUUGGAAUCCCGCGAGUCUGCUCAGCUGGCGAGCGAUGAUCUGUCCGUAUUGGCUGGUGUUGCCAUGCUGGGGAGUGUUGAAGCUUUCCAAGGUCAUUUCUCGGCGGCCGAGGUCCACCUGACUGGGCUUCAUGCCAUGAUCACAGCGCGCGGCGGGCCGGACACGAUCAAGCACGACUAUAUCCUCUGCCGUUCUAUCAAUUGGAUCGAUAUCCAAGUGGCAUCAGGUCUGGGAAGGGUUCCCAAAUUCCCCAUGUUCCACACCCUCGAUCAGGUGUCCCUUCCGUCGUCGGUGGCGGGGGCCGUGGCAGCGGACGACAUCAGAAUCGUCAUGAACACAGCCGACAGCACGAUCCUGCACUUCCUUUACGCGGAGCGGCGGACGGCUACGCCAGUCCAGAAACGCUUCCUCGUCCUUGUCUCGGCGGCCCAUGUGUUCCUGUAUGCCGUCUUGCGGGAAAUUCCAACGACGGGGCACAUGGUCCGCAUACUGGUAUCACGGAUGCGGGCGGCGUUGGAGGACGCCGACGCCAUCGCCCUCAUAUGGGUCUCCCACGAUGCCGCCCUCAUGUGGGUUCUGUUCGUUGGCGUCGUCGGCUCCGGAACAACAGAAGACCGUGUGUGGUUCGUGUCAAGGCUGGUCAAGGUGUUGGAGAGAGCCAGGGACAUUUUGCCGCCGGAGAGGUGCACGCGCGAGAACCUGCAACAGCUUCUUGCAGGAUUCCUGUGGAGGGACAAGUAUUGCCUGCCGGCUCUAGACGACGCAUGGGCUCAGUGGGAGCGUGGGGUCACGUAG